AUGAUUCGCAUACGCCCGACGAUAUCGCGCAACAUAUGGCGAUCACAUAUAUCUCUUCUGCCACAGGGCCAGACGCGCUUUGUUACCGCCAAAAAUGUUGGCAAGCGUGGGCGCCCAAAGGGUGUGCAGAGUUACUGGUCCGAAGAGAAGCUGGCGACAGAUGAGAAGUAUCCCUUGAGCCACACCAUGAAGGAAUUGAUACACCCAUCCCUCGAACCCAAAGUCAAGAGAAAGAGAGGCGCAAACACAGGUCCCUCGGCCAAGUCUGGCGGCGUUCACGUCAGAGCACAAAUUGUAAGUCCUGAUCUGUGUGAUGAUGUGAUCAACUACGCUGGCCCCACCUUGGAAAAGCACAAGGGCUGUGACAUCCUCGACAUCAAUCCUGGCGCUGGGCUCUGGUCACAGAAGCUUCACGACUACCUUCAGCCACGAAGCCAUGUGCUGCUCGAGCCCCGCUUCGAUAGAUUCAAGGACUUCCUCGAACCUUUGCUUAGCGCGCCCGACUCCAAGUACUCGCUCAUAGAGAAAGAUCCGACUGAUCUCAACACAUACACCGACAUGGUCGCCGAGGGGGUCUUUCCUCAACAGACGAUACGAGAUUCACGCGAUCCAAAGGCUCAAGAACCGAACAACACACUACUGGUGACAGGGUCUCUGGUUUGGGACCCUCCCAUGACCGGUCUUGGGUUUGACUCGAUGGCCAAGCAAGUUCAUUACCACCUCAGUGCUGCUGCUCGGAGCAACGAGCUGUUCCAUGCCUACGGUCUUGUUCGCACACUUUUCUGGGUGCAACAAGAGGAUUUUGGUACUUCAAUGGCUGAUUCUAUCAGCACGAUGUACAAAACGAAUCGAUUCAUGGAGAUGUCUCACAACAUCCAAGUAUUUGUGAACGGGACCCAAACUCCGCGCAGAUUGGGCAAAGGAUCUUCAGGACGUGAACCUCAAUAUGCCAUUGAGAGCACUAUUCGUGCUCUGAGAAGAGGUAAAGAACUAGGCAUGGAGCUUCCACCGCAUCGGCGCGAUCUUAUCCAUGAGUUUGCUGCCGAUAUUGAGCGCAUCUCGAAUGGCACAGGCAUGAUUAAAAGUGGCGAGAUACAAGAGUAUCUCCAUGAGCAACAACUAGCGGGAAAGUCGACCACCGGUCUACUGAGUGAAGGACUUAUUGAACACUAUGAAACCGAAAAAUUCAUACGACAGCAAUAUCCUAAUAUCGAAAUUUCCAAAGGAAAAGAUUCCAGGAUGCGCAAGAACAUGGUGCCUGAAGACCAUCCUGCCAAGGAUCGAAUUCGUAAAUAUCUUGCAGAUUGUGCACAGGUCAAUUUCACCCAAAGGCUUAAAUCACAAAUUGAAGCGAUAGCCGAUAUUGGUGAGGCCAUAUAUGAACUCGAAGGCAAGAUUCUCCGCAUGAAGGAUGAGCCCCAAAAAGACGCGGAAAUGGCAAAGUUGGAAGAGCUAAACGCCAGCUGGGAGGAGGCGAACAAAAAAAUGCCGCUCAACUAUGCUCGCGCUCCAGCUACCGAGCUCGACGACCGCCUGGCUCUACGGGCACCCCCUGCGCCUCGUGUUCAGUGGGAUUCUCGUCCCUUCGAACCACUCACCAUGUAUAACAACGAAGCUUGGCCCACAAAUCGUCUCUCUCUCAUCUCCACCGAGCCUAUUCCACAGCCCACCGCAGAAUAUCACGAUUAUUACGAUUGGCUGCAUGACUUUAUACACGGGCUCUACGCUAAUCCCUCGGACACCAUUCCCGAAGCCCUCGAUAAGAUGCAGCACGGACUUCGCGAUAUCAUGGAAAAUUGCCCGACCUUAAGGGACCCAGACAAGGGCGGGAGGCUGCAAAUGGAUCACUUUAGAGUCAGGUUGCUCACGCCGGAGAUGAUUACAGAAAUGUUGGAUGCGUAUAUGAAUUGGCCAUUCAAGGCGCCGGGAAGCGACCACAGCAAGUUCUUUCGGCACCGGAGUUCGGCACAUCAUUUCACUUCUAAACAGACUAUGUUGGCCUGA